AUUGCAUCCGUGCAGGACAAUCUUUGAGCGCCACAGUCAGCAGAAGCGCACGCUGUUUUAUUAUCAUGGCUCAGUUUAAAUACUGGAGACGCGCCUCUUCUCUCCUCUGAAACACAGCUGCUGGUUCAAUUUGAUCUUUUAUUUUUAAGGGAAUAAACGCGACUAUAGUUGCCACCAUACACAGUUUUGUCGACACAGCCUGACAUCAAUUUGGGAUUAAAAUGGUAAUCAAGGUUUACAUCGCUUCAUCAAGCGGCUCUGUCGCGGUAAAAAAGCAUCAGCAGGCAGUGGUGGGUUUCCUGGAGUCCAAUCGAAUCAGCUUCCAGGAAGUAGACAUCACCAUGAUGGAGGAGCAGAGGCUCUGGAUGUACCGUAACAUCCCCAGAGACAAGCUACCGGACAAAGGCAACCCGCUGCCGCCGCAGAUCUUCAACGAGGAUCGCUACUGUGGGGACUAUGAAGCCUUCUUCCAGUCGAAGGAGGACAACGCUGUGUUUGCAUUCCUUGGGCUCAGUUCCCAACCCUCAGUGAAAGAUUCGGAGUCAUAGCCUAGAUCCAAUUGCUGGUAUGUGACGUCCAGGGGACCUUAAAAUGUGAGGAAGAAAACGGCAUCGCUUCCUGUCUCUCAUCACCUCUUCUUCCUGCUACGACGCCAGCAUGUUGCCAAACAUCAGACCCCACGGAUUCCACCCUGUAUGACUUCUCCUGACUCUUUAAACACUCAUUCCAGCAUCACCUAAGUCUCCAAGAAGUGUCUGAUUCUUAAUCACUUGUGAUUUUGCGUUUCCUUUUCCGUGUUUAACACACCGUGACGGCAAACACUGUCAGUAGCGUAAAUUCUGUGCAAACUAUAGAUGUAGCAGCUUUUGCAUCAGUUGCUUUUUAGGUCAAUCUACAAUGUAGUGGAUGGGGAAAGAAGUGAUCAGGUGCAGCAGUGCAGCACAAGUCACCUGAAUACACACCUAUAUUGUGUGUGCAUGCCUUAGUGUGUGUGUGUGUGUGUGUGUGUGUGUGUGUGUGUGUGUGUGUGUGUGUGUGUGUGUGUGUGUGUGUGUGUGUGUGUGUGUGUGCGUGUGUGUGUGUGUGUGUGUGUGUGUGUAUCGGUCUCAAUCAGCAGCUGUUACUGAAGGCUGUGUUAAGUGAGGGGACGUGAGAGGCAGCACUUAAUGCAACCUGAAACAACUCGAGGCCUAGCCAAUAUGUCUGGCUGUGUGUGGGAGUGUGGAUGCUUUCUCAGAGGUGACAGUGACACUGUAGUUUACCACAAAGCAAAUGAGACCAAAUGCUAUGAAAAGCAUAAGCUAGAUAGACAUGAUACCUAAUAUAUCAUUGCCAGCAUUCAUGUUAAGUGCGUAGUCACUGUCAUUAAAUAAAACAAACCUCGUUCUUGUAUCAUUCCACUGCCAAACUAGUUUGAUUAAAGGACAGGGUGGCCGUUAUUCUAUAUUUUUUUUCUUAUUAUCUACAAAUCCAAUAAAAAGACCGAAACCAAUAGUCUGUCUUUCAGUACGUUCUGACUUCCCUACCCAGUCUGUGGCACUCGUUCCUCCUGAAAACGCUUUAAAAUCAGGUUUCAAAUAUAUAGUUUAAUUUUUUUAAAAGGCCAAGUAGUUUCCUAAAACAGCUGGGCACUGUAGUUUUUAGCAAACGUUACACAAACGGGAGUAAAUAGCACAUUUCUAGGGACUAUUUUAAGCCGUGGAUUAAUACACAUUUGGUGCUCUAAUGAGUAUUUACAGCAGCAGGACGGUGUUUGUGUGAUUAAAAAAUAAACUACAGUGCCCAUGUUCAUUAUAAUGAAGGAACACGUCACCCAGUGCAACGGUGUGGCUGAUUCAUGUGUUUUUAAUAGUUUUUGGAUGGAGCUCUGUGGCACAGAGGAAUCAGAUAAAUCAGGCUUUGGCUGCACAGACAGUAUUUGUCAGCUCAUUGUUGUUUUUUUGGUCUUUUCAUGGGAUUUGUGACAACAUGAAAAACAGUGCCAGCUUUAUCCUCUAAUCCAGACCGCUAUAGACAAAGCAUGGUUACAAUCAGGGUCACAUGAGCCAUAUAGUAGGAGUGCACUUCACAGAUUAUUACUCCCAAGUCUUAUCAGACAGAGGACAGGAGAUAAGAAAUUAUAGUUUGCUGCUUAGAGAUAUUCAAGUUGCAAAACUGUGCACGGACUCAGCUUCCCCUGCUGUGUCUCCUCUUAUCUCUAUAUAUUUACAAAUGUCUAAGCAAAUGGUGAAAUGUGAGCAGCCCGCUGUAUGUUUUACAUAUUAUGAAAUGAUCACGGCCAACUCGUAGUCCUGUCCUCCAAUCUGUGUUCUCUGUCCCAAAAACAACACUAAGCACUUUCUCUGUAUGUCUCUCAUCCUUAUUAAAUUAUCACGGGUGGGUGGUUGACUAAUUCUUUAAUGUUUACACAUGAAGGACACACACAAACAGAUGCACCCUCACUAGCUAUUCUCCCCUAAAUGUUGUGCCAUCAUGUGAAAGGAUGUAAUUUUGACCUAUUUCAAAUAGGGGACAUCAAUGUAUUUCUGUCAUCGUUGAAACUGACAACAUUCCUAUUUUGCUGAGUUGUAUUCCUCAUGUAUUUUGAAAUAAUGUGAUGACUUUCUUGUAAAUUUUUGUGAAUGGAUACUAACAAGCCUGUUGGACCGUACUGUAAUGUAAUGUAUGUUAACACCUCUCUGUCCGUGCUUCUGUUGUGCUUAAUUUUUCCGUUUGAAACCGGCUCGUGAGAAUUAUACUCAGUGGCACUUUACUGUAUGAAAGUCGGCAAUUUUUUUAACUUGAUUUUGCCUCAGCAUUUUUUCACAUAUUAAUGUAAUACUACGGUAAAGAAUGUUAAUUUCAAAGUGCGGUACACACAAAAAUGGUACACACUGUUUUUGUCUUUGCAUAUAUUUGAAAACAGCCGGAACAACAGUCGGAAGUGUCUCUUUGUCUUGAGAGGACCAAUCUGAAGCCCCUUUGUAGUGAUGAUGGUGGUGGUGGUGGUGGUGGUGGGGAGUUGUUUUUUUGUGAUGCAGAAAACCCAAAUUGCCAACUCAAAGCAAAAUUUGGUAAACAAAUGUUUGUGUUGCUUAUGUAGUGUCAUACCUACAGAGUCAGAAUAAACUCAGUAGAUGAAGAUCA